AAAGUGAUCGAUAAUUCAUCCCCUUGUUGAUCUGGACACGAAUCGAAAAUAACAUAUGCGAACCAUCAGAUCCAGAAUUUAGCGUUCCAGCGCGCGCAGUCAUAGAUUCACCAAACCUCCCAAACGCAUCAUUCUAUUUGCGGUGACCCCUUUCUCUCUUCAUUUCUCGAGGGGUCGCCCCUGUUUCUCUCGCUCCACAGUAAUCACAAAAAUCGCAGAAGCCAAUUUCCAAUCCACCUGAAUUCCGCAGAAUCUGAAUCCUUUAGACAAAAGAGAGAUGUCGGAGAUGGCCAACACAGAUCCCGAGGGUCUCGACGGAGUGCGCAUGACGUGGAACGCCUGGCCGCGCACCAAGGUGGAGGCCAGCAAGUGCGUGAUCCCACUCGCGGCGUCCAUCUCCCCGAUCCGCCCCCAUCCGGACAUCCCCACGCUCCCUUACGCGCCCCUCCGAUGCAAGACCUGCUCGGCCGUCCUCAACCCCUUCGCGCGGGUGGACUUCUUGGCCAAGAUCUGGAUCUGCCCCUUCUGCUACCAGCGCAACCACUUCCCCCCUCACUACUCCAUGAUCUCCGAGACCAACCUCCCCGGCGAGCUCUACGCGCAAUACACCACCACCCAAUACGCGCUCCCCCAAAACCCUAACCCUAACCCUAACUUUGAUUCUUCUUCGCUCUCGCCCGUCUAUCUCUUCGUGCUUGAUACCUGCAUGAUCGAGGAGGAGUUGGGGUUUGUGAAAUCGGCGCUAAAGCGUGCCAUCGGGUUGUUGCCGGAGAACGUGCUCGUUGGCUUCGUUUCGUUUGGGACUCAGGUUCGGGUGCAUGAAUUGGGGUCGGAGAUGUCCAAGGUUUACGUCUUUCUGGGGAGCAAGGAGCUUUCCAAGGAGCAGGUUUUGGAGCAAUUGGCACUCGGCGUUCCGGCCCGGCGAGCCGGUGGAGUGGGGUAUCAGAAGGGUGCGCCGAGUGGGUUUCCAAAUUCGGGCAUUACACGCUUCUUGUUGCCCGCUUCGGAUUGCGAGUACACGCUCAAUGUGCUGUUGGAUGAGUUGCCAACGGAUCAGUGGCCUGUUCCGCCUGGGAAUCGAGCAUCACGGUGCACAGGUGUGGCUCUAAGUGUUGCAGCGGGAUUGCUUGGAGCUUGUUCGAUGGGCACUGGUGCUCGGAUUAUAGCUCUGGUUGGUGGUCCUUGCACGGAAGGGCCGGGCACGAUUAUAUCAAAGGAUCUAUCAGAUCCGGUACGUUCACAUAAAGAUCUCGAUAAGGAUGCAGCACCUUAUUUUAAGAAAGCGGUCAAAUUCUAUGAAAGUAUUGCAAAUCAACUGGUCAGCCAGGGUCAUGUUUUAGACCUUUUUGCAUCUGCACUUGAUCAGGUUGGGGUUGCAGAAAUCAAAGUUGCUAUUGAAAAGACUGGUGGCCUUGUUGUUCUAGCUGAAAGUUUUGGUCAUUCUGUAUUUAAAGACUCUUUCAAGCAUGUGUUUGAAGAAGGGGAGCAGUCUCUUGGACUUUGUUUUAAUGGCUCACUUGAGAUCAAUUGUUCAAAGGACAUCAAAAUCCAGGGGAUAAUUGGACCUUGCACAUCUUUGGAAAAGAAAGGACCUGUUGUUGCUGAUACUGUCAUCGGGGAAGGGGGUACAACAGCAUGGAAAAUGUGCGGUCUUGAUAAAAGCACUUGCUUGACAGUGUUUUUUGAUCUUUCAUCAAGUGAUCGGUCAAAUACUCCAGGAACUGUUAAUCCGCUGUUGUACUUGCAGUUUCUUACAAGUUAUCAAAACCCUGAAGGUCAAUUAAUGCUUCGAGUGACAACUGUUAGUAGAAGAUGGAUUGAUAGCGCUGUUAGCUCAGAGGAAUUGGUACAAGGAUUUGAUCAGGAGACUGCUGCUGUAGUAAUGGCAAGAUUGACUUCCCUGAAAAUGGAGAUAGAGGAAGGGUUUGAUGCUACACGGUGGUUGGAUCGGUCUCUCAUUCGCCUCUGUUCGAAAUUUGGUGACUACCGUAAGGAUGAUCCUGCGUCUUUUACAUUAAAUCCUUCUUUUUCGUUGUUCCCUCAGUUCUUGUUUAAUCUGCGACGAUCACAAUUUGUACAGGUUUUUAACAACAGUCCAGAUGAGACUGCCUAUUUCCGCAUGUUGUUAAACCGGGAAAAUAUCUCCAAUGCUGCUGUUAUGAUCCAACCAUCGCUGAUAUCAUAUUCAUUCAAUUCGCUGCCUGCACCCGCAUUAUUGGAUGUGGCUUCCAUUGCAGCUGACCGUAUUCUCUUGCUGGAUUCUUAUUUCAGUGUCGUAAUUUUCCAUGGAAUGCAAAUUGCUCAGUGGCGUAAUGCAGGAUACCAUAAUCAGCCAGAACACCAGGCAUUUGCACAAUUAUUGCAAGCUCCUCAUGAUGAUGCCCAAAUGAUCAUUCAUGAACGUUUCCCUGUCCCUAGAUUGGUGGUAUGCGAUCAGCAUGGCUCCCAGGCUAGAUUCUUAUUGGCGAAAUUGAAUCCAUCAGCUACAUACAAUAAUGCUCAUGAAAUGGCUGCUGGGUCAGAUGUAAUCUUCACAGAUGACGUGAGCCUUCAAAUUUUCUUCGAGCAUCUUCAGAGGCUAGCUGUGCAAUCUUGAGAGCCAAAAAGGGUCGAGACAUAUACAGUUUCUCUUAUGGGUUUUGGUUAGAGGGAAUUCAAGCCCUGUAUCCGCCUGUUCCAUUCGGUUUUUUCCUUUCUUUCCAUUGUUUUUAAGAUGAGAGAUCAGACCCCGGAUCAUUUGAAAAAUAAGAAAAGCUUAUGUUAUUCUUUGGGGUUCUGGGGAGGUAUUGCUUCCUUGAAAGAAUAAGGGAGGGACAUAGAUGUUGGUUGAGUCGAUGAGUUUUGAGUUAUAGGGAAAGAAAGGUAUGAUGGAGUGUAACUUAGAGGCUUCAGCAGAGCCAAGCAGCAAGAUAUAUUGUCAAAAUGAUAUUCUUUUACACCCUUUGUUCUUUUUUUUCUUUUUUUUUUUAUUGUAUUCACCCAGAUCAUAAGUAUGCGUCGUGUAUCAGACUUUUAAGUUAUAUACUCAAUGGGUUGAUGCUCCUAGGUUGGAAAGUUCUGUAACGCCAGUCAUUUUGUUCAUGUUCA